AACCACCACUAGUGCCAAACCCAAGCAUUUAACUGUAAGCCAAACUAAUAUGUCGGAAGCCACCAUAUCAACUACAUUGCACAUUUCUUUCAAAAAGACUGAGAUGAAUCAAUCUGUUAGUCCACCAGUGGAGAAUGUACAGCAGUCUGAAUCCACACAAUCUCCAUCAGUCCCAGCUCCUGAGCCGCAAACUGUUGCACCAACUGCUUCCAAAGAUGUUUCAUUCGAAGCAGCAGCUAUCCCUGAAGUGUCCCAAUCAACAACAGUUGUUGGAGUGCCACAUCCCCUUUUACCUCCUGUUUCUGCAGAACCAAAACCCAAAGCCCUCAGUCUGGCAGAGUAUCGGCGCCUCCGACAGCAGAAAAAGCCGGCACCAGUAGAAAAGCAGGAUGAUAAUAGCACCAAGUGGCCCAGCCUUCCAGAACCUCCAAGAGAACUACCACCAAUCCCCCAUCUCCCUGAGCCCAGCCCCAGAGAUCCUCGUCUGUCCCGGGCUCAGGCUAAGGAGGUGGAGGAGGUCAAGCCAGCAUGGAUGCCACGUGGCCCAGGUGCACCACCCACACCUGAGGCAUUGUUGGCACCACCGGCCUACAUGAUAAACUCUGGCAACAAAGCUGUUACUAAACCUCAGCAGGCCGCUUCUUCUCAGCAUAAUCCAAAUACUUCAGCUCCACCCAUACACACAAAAGAGCCUACUAAAGGAGACUCAAAUGUCACAAACGAUCUAUCUCCUCCAUCAUCGGCAACAACCACUACAGAGGGGAUUAAACCUGCUGCUAAUGUUUUGACCUCUGUCUCAAACACUGCUGCUUCUCCUGAGAUUAAAGCCGAAGUUCACCCAACUGACGAGACUCCUAAGUCUAAUGGCUCAUGUGGUCAGAGCUCUUCCUCUCCUGCCACACAUCUCAAAGUGAUGAAUCAAAGUAAUUCUGGAAAGUCUGAAGAAUGUCCAGUAGUAAAAUCUGUGGAAACGAAGAGCCCCACACAAGAACUGAUAGAAGCAUUUUCAAGUGAGAUGGGUAUUGAAGCUUCCGACUUGACCAGUCUGCUGGAGCAAUUUGAGGAAACCCAAGCCAAAGAGGAUCAAUGUUUGCCGGAGGUCUUUGGUAGAGCAGUAGCUGUAGGAAACUCUAGCAGCAUUGACUUCUCUGACAAAAUGGUUGUGGAGCAUAUUAGAGCUAAUGAUCUUUCAAGCACAGCUCUAACUCCCCCAGCUACUCCUCCUCACCCUAUGUGGAAACCUCUGGCCCCGGUGUCUCUGCUGGGGAAGAGCAAGACGAUGGAGACAAAGUCAGGUUCCUCAAGAGUGAUUGAAAUAGAGGCUCAGCCUCUGCCCUUGGCUAAAGCCCGUAGCAAACUUUGUACUACUGCUGCUGCUUCUGUUGAUCCGGACAUGGCAUGCCAGGAUCGAUACUGUCUUCCUAACAAAAGCACUUCAUGUGGUGAGGCUGCAAAGCGCUGGAAUGUCAAACAACACUCUUCAAUAACCAUUAAACUAAUAAAGCAGACCGCUACACAAACACUGCAGAAUGCUCAGGUACCCCCUGUCCAGCCCACCACAUGUACAGUCAAAGCACAAGAGCUUGAUAAAAAAAAUGCCAAUUUGGAAUCAAGUUCAGUUUUAGAAACUCCUGAUGCUUCUCCCACACGAGAUGAAGAUGAUAAUAAAACUUGUCCUAAACGAGGGAAGUUUGUGAGGUCCUAUCGCAAACGUGCUUCCUCCCACACACCAAGGCCCAAAGAGAAGCCUAUAGGCCGCUCUAGAAUCAGAAGAUCCCACAGUUCAAGUUCUAGAUCAGACUCCUCAGAGUCAAAUUCCCGUUCCUCAAGAUCCAGGUCAAGAUCAUACUCUCCUCCUAGAAAAAGGUAUCGACCACGUCACUCCAGAAGCAGUUCCAGCAACUCUUCGCGGUCCACCUCGUCUUCCCUGUCUCGUUCCCCUCCUCGCCAGAGAAGAUACUCUUAUUCUUCAUCCCGCUCUGGAUCAUGGAGUCGUUCUAGAUCUCGAUCUGGAUCUCCUCAAUGGAGUAGGAAGAGGCAAGCGUACAGCCCUUCCUACAGAGACUCGUAUUAUACAAAUGUGAAAAGCAAUCCUGAACUUAAAAGAAGAAAGGAGAAAGCCAUAGAAGAGCGUCGUGUUGUUUACGUGGGCCGAAUUAGAGGCACAAUGACUCAGAAAGAGCUUAAAGAGCGCUUCUCUUAUUUCGGGGAGAUUGAGGAGUGCACCCUGCAUUUUAGAGAUCAUGGGGAUAACUAUGGGUUUGUGACGUACUAUAACACUAAUGAUGCUUUUAUGGCCAUUGAGAAUGGAAGCAAGCUGCGCAAACCUGAUGAGAUGCCAUUUGAUUUGUGUUUCGGAGGACGGAGACAGUUUUGCCAAACUAGCUAUGCUGAUCUAGAUUCUAGUAAAGAGUAUGAACCACUGCCUUCAAGAAACAAAUACCAUGCACUAGACUUCGACACUUUAUUGAAGCAGGCUCAACAGAAUCUGAAGAGGUAACGAGAGGCCUGCCAUAGAUGUCUGCAGACAGUACCUCAGAGCCAAAUGCUGGCUCCAAAAUGACAACGUAUUUACUUUUAUUUGUUUGUUUUUAUUUCUGAAAGCUUAACACCUUCUAUUGAAGCGAAGAUUUAUAAUGAAAAUGGCAAAAGAGGUUAAAAAAAGAUCUAAGUAAAAUUAAGUAAUUUUUUAAAUGUUUAUUUAAUUGUAAAAAAUAUUUUGGAUUGUAUAAGGAGAACAUUACUUUUAAAUGGGUAUGAUAGAGAAUGAAACUUUAACUAUGUAAUACAUCAAGUGUACUACAUAAUAAAUCUGAAAAGGUAAAA